AAUGUGAUUGACGACUAUUAAUGUAGUUCAUUCAUGAUCAUUUCGCUGAUCAUGUUCAGUUCACUAUCGAAAUUCCAAGAACUAGUUAAGAACGGGAAAGGAAAGAAGCUAUUCCAUGCCACGGAUUUUCAAUCCUUGAUGUAUCCUUGUUUCACCUUCUGCCGAAUUCUCGGGAUAUUCCCGUACAAUGUCAACGCUUCGGGCUUCAGAACUUCUAAGCCAUGCUACUUUCUUUCGAUUAUAAUUAAGUGUGUUUCUUGCUUUUGUGCGCUGAUAAUAAUAAUAAACAUUUCUGAAUGGUAUAAUAUCCCAAACGAACGCAAAAUUAUUGAAGUAAUCUGCACCAACAUACUCGGCAAUUUCAUAAUGGUCUUUACGUUCGUUUCAUGUGGUCCAAGAAUACGUUUGCUUCAGAUGAUACUAAAGAUCUCUUCACAACUUCCUUCGGAAAUGUAUCGGAAGCAGUCUAUGCUAAUCCAUUUUAAGGACAUUUUCGGAUUCAUCUUUUUACUCGUUUAUACACUGAUCUGUUAUUGUUGUCUGCCAAUGUAUUUUUUACUCAAGGUGUAUUUAUUAUAUAUCUGUCUGCUAAUGUUUCAGAUGGAUAUGCUAUACAUAAAUUGUGUUUGUGUAUUAAAGGCUUGUUUCAAAAGAAUUAAUGACGAUUUAGCAAACUUAUUCAUAAACAAUAAAUCGUCUUUAAUUAAAUGGGUCAAUCAUGAGCAAAAAAACUCUCUUUUGCUAAUAAAACUCAAGACUCUGAAGAAGCAACAUUUAAUGAUAAGCGAUAUAGUGAAAAAAUUAAAUAUAAUUUUCAGCCCGCAGCUUCUCGCAACCAUAACCUUCAUUUUCAUCCACAUUACUUUUGAAAUAUAUUUCAAUAUAGUGCAGUGGCAAAACGGAUUAUCUAUCGGUUGGACUAACCGGAAAUAUAGAGAUUAUGUGGUACCUUAUAUUGUAUAUUUUCUUAUAAAACUCGCAUUGAUAACAUGGACCUGUGAAACCGGCAAAAAUCAAUCCAUUAAAAUUAGCACUACAGUUCAUGAUGUGCUUAAUAUCACUACCAAUAAAAAAAUAAAAAAUGAGGUAUUAAAAAAUUUUACUUCUAUUUAUUUAUUCUUUCAUAUUCCAUAUAUUGAUACUAUUUUUAAAUCUAACUGAAUCUAUGUAAUUUAUUUCUUGAAUCUAUGUAAUUUAUUACUAUUUUUCGUAAACUUAUUUUUACAUAUUUUUUCCUAUCUGACGUUGCAGUUGUAUGUGUUUUCCUUACAAAUACUGCAUCACGACAAUACAUUUUCAGCAAAAGGUCAUCCUAUAAAUGCGACUCUCCUUACUAAUGUAAGUAAUUAUUUCUCUUAAUAUAAAUCAAUUUAAAUGUAGAUCUUAAAAUUAAAUUAUGGUAUAUAUUUUAUUUUUUCAGAUAACGGGUAUCAUCACUACAUAUGUUUUAAUUUUGAUACAGUUUUUGAUUGCAACAAAUUCAUGUAAUGAAAAAACCGAAAAUGUUGCACAAUAAAAAAAGAUCAGCAUAACAAAUCUAAUACAAAAUUUCAUAACUGAUAAAAAAAGUUUUUACAUAUUAGAAGUUUUUUAUCGGAAUUAUGUGAAAAGAUAUCCGAUAUUAAAUAAAUACACUGUGCGCGCACACAUAAACACACACACACACACACACACACACACACACACACACACACACACACACACACACACACAAUUUUAUAUAAAUACUCAUUAUAUACAUAUAUGCCAAUAUAUUGUAAACAACUUAAUAUAUCUAUUAAUUUAAAUGUGUUGGAAGAUUGCAUCACAACUACUAAUUUAGAUAAUAUAUUAUUCAGAUUAUUUAAUUCUACUGUCUCCUAAAUUAUAUAUAUGUAUAGUCAAUAUAUAAAAAUAAUAGUAAUUAAUAUAGUCAGUAACAUAAUAUAUCUACAACUCAACGCAUUACAAUACCUUUUUAUUAACUUUGUACUCAAAAUAAUUACUUAAAAAUGUUGAAUUUUUAUGUCUCAAAAUUUAACAUUUAAUAUUAUACAAAAAAAUCUUUUAGAACUUAGUAAUUUACGCAAGUACUACAUAUUCAAUGCUUUUAAUUUUAUAUGUGUAAAUGUGAUAAUGAAUGAUAUAUAUACAAAGUAAUUACAAUUAUAUUCCAUUAUUUCCCAAGGAUGAUACGUGCUACUUAAAGAACUCCAUGGUUACUUCAUAGCCAACAAACGAUUCCUGAGUCAUGUCUUAUAAUCUAUAACAGUAACUGUCAGUUCUAACUUUAAACUCAUCAGGAAUAGAUCAAAAAAGUCUAUGUAAGUUUUUCCAGAUAUUUUGGAGGUAACAAAGCAAAAAACUGCAAAAACGACCUAUUGUACAACUAUUUAAAGAUAAUACAUUGUAUGUAACAAAGACAUAAAAUCGACCUUUUGUUAAGACCGUUACGCUCGUGUUGCAUGUAUUUUUCGUUACCCGUGCGUCGAUGUGCGAUUCCUUAAGUAAGUUCUUGCAAAUUGUCAGGUUAGUCAAGAUUCGAGAAAGCGACAAAACCUCAAUCAAUUCUACAAAAAUUACCAUAUGCGUGUCGGUAGAUGACGCGCAUGCGAGUGUUGAAAUGAUCCAAACGUGCUAAAAUAUUGUUCGUUACAAUUCACGCCAUUUAUUUAGAGGACAACUAUACAAUAAUGUUAAAGUGCUGAAGUGAAUGACAAAUAUAUUUGCGAUCGCUCACAUUAAAAUUAAAGUGGUAUUUAUAUAAUUAGUUGUGGAAACAACAAUUUUCAAGUAAUUUUUCCACAACAAUUUUGGUCAUGUUGAGUUCACCAUAAUUCCAAAAACAAAUAAAGAGCAAAAAAGACGAAAAAGAUGACGACUAUUCUAUGUCACGGAUUUUUAAUCUCUUAUAUAAAAAUCUUUUAUCUAUCUUUUUCCUGUUUCACCUUUUGGUUUUCUUGGAGUAUUCAGAAGAUUAACAUUUUAUUCUUCAAAAUUUCUAAACCAUAUUACAUUUUUAUGAUUGUCAUGUAUUAUCUGCUUUUAAUUUAAUGUAUGUUUUAUAUUAUAUAUUAUAUUAUAUAUUAAUAAUAAUGUGUAAUAUCUCUGCAUGAUUCAGGAUCAAAGGCUUACGCAUUAUUAAGCUUAAUAUUUUCUAUAUAUUUGAGUUUUUAUAAUGGCUGUUACGUUUGUGAAUGAUCGAUGCAUUUGGUUUAAACUAUCAACAAUCUCUUCUGAACUGUUUUCAAAAUAUAUCAUUAAUCUAUAAUGUAUGAUCCAUGACGAAGACAGUGUCGGUUUCAUUAUUUUAUUAGUAACAAGCCAAUUAAAAAUAAGCUGUUUUCUUUAUAAAUACUGCUUACUCGCCAAAAUAUAUUCUCCACGAAGAGUUUCUACACUACAAAUAUGCCGCUUUUUGCUAUGGUGAGUAAUCAACCAUUAACAAAUUAUUACAAAACAAUUUACAGUUUACAACGUUACAUAUACAAAUUAGUUAAAUGAGGAUAUAAAAGAUGUAUGAAAGCAUUAAAAAGCAUAUAUAUGUCAAUAAUAUAUGUCAAUAAGACAAUAGAAAAUAAAUGUUUCUUAUAUUAAAAUUAAAAUAAAUUUCUUAUAUUAUUAUCCAUCAAAAACUUAUUAGCCAUUAUAAUUUGAUGGUUGCUCAUUUCACCAAGUUUGCUAGGAAAAAAAAAUUCUUUCUCUGUUCAAUAAGAAAAUAUUUGUGUGAUAUAAGACAAGAUUGUUCCACAUUACGAGUGUCGAUGAUACGAUAUCGAGGGCGAAUGAAUUUCAUUACAGCCGACGGACGCGUUUAAUGCAGAGCAGCUCCGACGGUCGAAAGGCUGGAUAGGCCAACUCAGCACCCUGAUAUUUCUUUGAAUAGAGAUCUGUGCCGUGCGAUAGGCUCAUAUAAAAGACGGGGAUGAAGACGGAAGGAACUUCACCUCUAUCUUACCCUUUCACUCGCCCACUCCACGUCGCUAUAGUUCUGAUGUCACUUAGCAUAUUACCACUCUCUGUUCCUUUAGACUCGAAUUUUCACGCUCUACCUCUUAUAGACAAAUCCCGUAGCCCUAAAGCCAUUAGCAAACCGACCUAAUACUCAUUGCAGGUGACAUCAAGUGUGAAAUGAAGUAACGCAAUCUUGAAACGAAACGUGUGCGCCGUCAUAAUUAAAGUGCUAGCUAAUAUCGGAGGAGAUCUCGUUACAUUACUUAAUAUAAUUUCAGCAAAAUUUCUAUUACAUAGAUUAUUAAUUAAAAUAUGACAUAUGUGAAAUCCAAAUAUACUACAUGUCGUUAUAUAAUUAUUUAAAUUCGCAGUAUAGCUCAAAUAUGAUUUAUAUUUCUUCUUGUUAUUAUUACAAGAAUUCCAUUUCCUUAAUUAACCAAAUCUAGCUGCUAAAUUUUUAAUUUGCCUUUCCCAAUCUUUCGUUACUCGCUAUUAUCUCUGUACCGUUAUUAUUUAAUUAAUCCCCACAUCGUGCUCGAAAGGGAUUAAUCUCCCGGGACGCAAUAAACGUUUUAUGUCUACGUCUACGUCCGAUCGUGAGCGAGGUCGCGUCAGAACCGCGGAAUAGCAGUGAACUCGACACAAGUAACCCGGGAAUAAUCCGUCAACGUAAAAACUGCGCCCGCUACAAGUCCCAAUGGCGGGACGGCGAGGACAUUAAAUCCCGGCAACAUGAGGCGUUAGACCGGAUGGACGACGCGGCAGGGAAAGUGAACCGCACGAAGGGUAUACUAGCCGAACUGGGAGCGGAACGAAAACCCGCGGCAAACUCAAUUUUCCGCGUUAACUCGGCCGACGAGGAGGUCGUAACGAAAGUCCAGCCCGAUCGCUUAAUAUUCAUGGGGAAGUGGCAAGCGGGCUUUAGCGUUUCUCCUCGGCGCGCCGGCCCGGCCGGCCGGCCAAGUGGGUUUAUGACUGUUUCCACUUCGAAACGGCCCGUCGCGAAUCGGACGAAUCAAACGACGCGUUACACCUGCGAGAAUUCGCACCCCGACACUGUACCUUUACCUACUCGCGGGACUGCGUUUGUAGAAAAGACUUUUUGAAUAAGCCACGCGCGUGUCAAACGAGAAAAAAGAAACAGUUUUUGCAGCGUCUACUUUUCACUUUAAUCUUUGCGGCUCUUUUUUUAGAUAGAAUACAUAUUAUUUAGUUAUUUCUAAAAGUUUGGGAAUUUGCUGAAUACAAAAAAUGAGAUCAGAAUAUAAAAAUUUGAACUGGUAAAACAAAAGAAAUAAAAUAUUAUUAAGUUGUAACAAAAUAAUUUAUUAGAGACAUUUUGUUCUUACAUCUAUAAUUGUUAAUCAAUAGCGUUUUUUGAUCAAUUACUUUUUUCAUCAUUAAAAUACGAAAGACUCAAAAAUUACGCGCAUUUACAUUAUACAUAGUAUAAAUAUCAGAAAUUUAUAUUAUUAACUGUAUUUAAAUAAUCGCUAUUCAAAAGUAAUACUAUUAUGUUAAAUCUUCUAUUGUUAGACCUACAAGAACUCUUUUCAAUUUUACUAUGUACUACUAUUUUAUAUUUUGAUCGUAUUUGCAUUACAACAUAUAUGUAUUUUUUUUUUCAAUUAUUAAAGCUUAAAGAAUUUCCUUUAAAACAAGUCUAAUUAAACUAAAUAGUUUAAUAUUUAUAAAAAAUAAUUUUUUUAAGACACUGGUACAAAUAUAUAACACUAGACCAGAAAGAUUACUUAUCUUAAGCACAUAAUUACUAUUAUUAACCGAAUGUUUCAGAUUAAAUGUACGAUUCAUAGCAGUGAGAAAUGGCAUUCAUCUUUGUCGGCAUGUAUCAUCGUUGAUUGCUGAAAAUGCAAGCGUAAUGACUGUUGCAGUGAUUUGGUUGAUCAACAUUGCCAAACAAUACGCGACAUAAUCGGUACACCUUUCGCCAAUAACAAACAGCCGAUUCGGAUUGACUAUUAAAAUACCAUUUAAAAUUAUAACACUAACUAAGAGUUAGUUGUCCAGUUACAUUUCGUGUCACGUUAAUGGGAUUUCGUAUGGAAUUUGAAACAUUCGAGUAUGAUAACAGUGAAAUAUUUCAUUCUUAUGCAAAAGCAAAAACGGAAGCAUUGAAAGCUACUAUUAACAUCAAAUAUCGCAAUAAUAUUACUUUUAAUUACCAUUCAAAUGUUAAAUUGUUUAACAAUUAUUCUGAUCAUUUAUUUCAGUCUUCUGAAUUAUUCAUUCACUGAUUGAUUUAUUAUUCAACGUUCGACAGUUUUACAUAGCGCUUUUCGAUACAAAAAUUUCUUAUAUAUUUUUCGUAACUUUCAAAUAAAAAAAGAAAAAAA